UGUAGCAUUAUCAAUGUUUAAAUCAAGGCGCUGUCUCUUUAAGAAACUGCGUCGCUCGGUUUGGGCAACGCUGCUCGAGUCCGAUAUGGCGGAAUGGAAUCACACUACGGCGCCUCCGUCUUCAGCAAGCAUGACCUCUCUAGGUCGAGCGCUUUCCCGCAGCAGGUUAAGUCAGCCUGAAGGGUUUCACUCGCAGAAAAACCGGAGCGCCGCGGGACAGACUCGCAGGAGAUACUCCAACAGUUCAGAGUCACCUGAUAUCAGCCCAAAUGUCGAGGCGAGGGUCCUGGUCAUAAACACCGGCGGAACCAUUGGAAUGACGUAUCAUAAUAACGUUCUUUCUCCAGAACCUAAUGCUCUCGUUGAAACUCUACGCAAACUCCCCAUUCUGCACGAUGAGCAGUACGCACAACAGACCAGACUGUACGAGUACUACAAGCCUCCGGAGAACACACUGGUGCUGUCGACGUCCACUCAUUCAGCUGAUCCUCUAUUCCAUGGACUGUCCAAACAGAACAAGAGGAUUGUAUAUACAGUUUUAGAGUACUCUCCCCUCCUCGACUCCUGCAAUAUGACCACAGAUGACUGGGCCACUAUUGGAAAAGACAUUGAGAAACACUAUGAGCUAUAUGAUGGUUUUGUCAUCCUGCACGGCACAGACACAAUGGCUUACACCGCCUCUGCCCUAUCCUUCAUGUGUGAGAACCUGGGAAAGCCUGUCGUCCUCACUGGCUCACAGGUGCCCAUCUAUGAGAUGAGGAACGAUGGGAGGGACAACCUCUUGGGGGCACUGUUGAUAGCAGGACAGUUUGUCAUCCCGGAAGUUUGCCUCUAUUUUCAUCAUAAGCUGUACAGGGGCAACCGUGUCACCAAAGUGGAUGCUGGAAGUUUUAACGCAUUUACCUCACCGAAUCUACCGCCAUUAGCCAAUGCUGAAGUCGACAUUAAAAUUAACUGGGAUACUGUGUGGCGAGCCAAUACAACCUCAAAAUUCACUGUCAACACACAAAUGAACCGUAAUGUGGGUCUCCUGCGACUCUUCCCAGGGAUCACUGCUGAUACAGUGAGGGCCUUCUUGCAGCCUCCUAUGGACGGGAUCGUGCUGGAGACGUACGGCAGCGGUAACGCUCCUGACAAUCGUGCUGACCUGCUGGAUGAGAUCCGUAAAGCCACACAGAGAGGAGUCAUCAUGAUCAACUGCACCCAGUGCCUCAGGGGCUCGGUCACAACCUCAUACGCCACUGGCCAGGCUCUGAGUGAUGCCGGUUUGGUUGCUGGGUGUGAUAUGACCCCGGAAGCUGCUCUUUCAAAACUCUCUUAUGUGCUGGCCAAACAAAACCUCAGUAUAGAAGAGAAGAAAAAGAUGCUGAGCCGAAAUCUGCGUGGUGAGAUGAUAGCUGACCUGGGCGGAGCAAAGCUUUCUCUCAGUGACAGUCGAUUUAUUCAGGUCAUCGCCAAGUCCCUCAGCAUUAGCUGUAAAGAGGAGCUUGAAGCCAUACGAGAUGCACUUACGCCCACUCUGGUGUGUGUUGCUUCUAAGAUCGGAGACAUUGAGGCUUUAGAUGCCAUUAGGGAAAUGGGUACUGACUUGAGCAUGGCAGAUUAUGAUGGUCGCACUCCCCUCCACAUCGCUGCGUGUGAGGGCCAUCUGAAAGUGGUGGAGUACCUGCUGGGUAAAGGGGCCACUGUCUAUGCCAGGGAUCGCUUUGGUGAUACACCUCUUCGCAAUGCUGUGCGCUUCAGGCAUAAGGAGGUUGUGAAACUGCUCAGGAAGACCGGAGCUCAUUUUUCCCGGGAGGAAAUGGAAGAUGCUGGAACAGAGUUGUGCAGUCUUGCGGCGAGUGGCGACUUAGAAGGAUUGGAGAUUUGGCAGUUAGCUGGGGUUGAUAUGACCAUGUGCAGUUACGAUGGACAGACGCCCAUUGAAGUUGCAAGAGCCUCUGGAUGUGAGGAGGCUGUUGAGUUUUUAAGACAGGCUACUCUGUACCAAACACAGCAUCAGACAGAUGAGGGUAAUGAGCCAGUAUUUGAGGAGGAAGAGAAUGGCGAGUGUUUCGAGUUUACCGCUUGUCCCAGAUCCUGAGGAGGCCGUCCUGCUAGCUGUCACUACCAGUUUUUACCUGACCUAUUGCAGAUUUUCCUUACUUGAACAAACGUCUUCUUAAAACGUAAAAAGCACAAGCCAUACUUUUUAUUUUAAGCCCGUCCAUCUAAAACAGUAAACAAUCUGUCUGAAUGUAUCGUGAUGAUGAACAAUCAUAACACAAUCAUGCACACUAUUUAUGUACAAGCACAUUAUUCAGUAUUCUUCAUUAUUCAUGUCCAAGCAUAUAUUACAGUACAAGGCACUGUAAAUGCUGAUGUCAAUCAAAUAUGUCAAACAAUAUGAUAUGCUUUUAUUUGAAUAUGAUAUAUUUAUUGUUUAGAUUUAGAAUGAAUUUAGACAUUUGAAGCUGUCAGGACUAAUGGCUUUUGUCUUUAUUCAGUGUUCUUAAUGUGUUCACAUGUAUCAGAUUCAAUAUCACCUAGACCAGAAAAUUGUAAUUCAAUUGUAAGUAAUUGUAAGUAACCGCAGUGAGGUGGAAGGAUACAUAAUGUAUUAUACAGACAAGCAAACCAUAAAAAGUUUCAAAAUGGUUAAAAAAUGAUAUAUGUAAAAAAAAAAA